UGUCAAUGCGCAUAUCAGAUCAAGGCAUCGACUGCCAGUCUACCCUCGCAUAUUUUUGGUCUGGUCGUCAUUGCUAAAUCUCUGCAGCCAGUAGAAUUUAGCUGAACUGGUCAAUGACCUGUCUUACUUGCACUUCAAUAUCUCAGCUACAAUGUUGGUAAUUGAAUCCAUAAAUCAGGAUAUAAAUGAACGUGAAUUGCUCAAAAAAGCUUCUAUAAUCUCUUCUUUGUUUUCUAUUGUUUUCCUAGAAAGAGUUCCAAGUCUUCCAGAGAUCAGCAGCGGGCUUGAAAGGAAAAAUAAGAUCCAAGAAUAUGCAGGUGCUGAAAAGGCCCAGUGGCCGCCGACUCCGGACACCGAAAUUUUAUAUUCAAUUACGUGCCAAAACAAAAUUCUUGGCCAACCCAACUACUUUGAUGCUCAUGGAAGGGAAUUCUGUGAAUGAAGCCCCACAAGGCAUCAAUUAUUUCUGAUCAUAAAUAUUAACUUUACCUCACCAAUAGUAGGAACGAAGAGGAGAUGCUGGGAAGUCAAAUGGGGAGGAGGAAACCCAGAAUUCUAUGCCUCCAUGGAUUCAGAACAAGCGGUGAAAUCUUGAAGAAAAUGAUCGGAAAAUGGCCAGCUGCCUUGCUCGAAAACUUUGAUUUUGAUUUUCCUGACGCCCCAUUCCCCGCCAAAGGGAAAUCUGACGUUGAAGGCCUUUAUGACCCUCCCUAUUAUGAAUGGUUUCAAGUCAAUGAGGUGGAGUGUUUAAAUUUUGAGGAGUGUAUUGCGUAUAUAGAGGAUUAUAUGGUUAAGCAUGGUCCCUUUGAUGGCCUACUGGGCUUUUCCCAGGGCGGAAUGCUAGCAGCUGUAUUGCCUUGGAUGCAAAGAAAGGGUGUUGCUUUCACAAAAGUGCCAAAGAUAAAGUUUCUGAUCAUUAUAUCUGGGUUUAAACUUCGAGAAUUGAAGCAUGGGCCGCCUAAGUUGCUUGUUAAUGCAUUUCCAGCUCCAGUUGAGUGCCCUUCUCUCCACUUGAUCGGAGAAAAGGAUUUCCUGAAGGAAGUGGGAUUUACUCUACUAAAAUCAUUUGUGAAGCCCUUUGUUAUUCAUCACUCGAUGGGGCACACUAUACCAAAACUUGAUGAGAAAGGCCAAGAGACUAUGCUCAAGUUCAUUGAGAAAAUUCAGGAGAUGUUUUCACAAGACCCAUGGAUUGACUUAGGACCAAAGGCUGCAUUAUAGGUUGAUCUUCUGUCUCAGUCCAUAUUUGAUAAG